UAAGUUGUGCUUACCAUGAACGUAACACAAAAUGAAAUGUUAGCUUCUCCCUCAUGGUCCGUGUUUCUGAACGCAGACAAGCCGCUCUUCCACUCGGUGGAGCCGUACACGAAGAAGGAGCUGUCGGCCGUCUCCCUGUCCGAUAUCAUCCGAACGUACAAAGUAAUGGCCGCCGAGAACAUCCCGGAAAACCCGCUGCGCUUCCUCUACCCGAACAUCCCCAAAGACAAGGCCUUCGGGAAGUACUACCCCAAACCCACGGAGGCUGCAGAGCCCAUGGACGUGGAGAACUGUCCACCGAAGAGCGACUACAUGAAGACGGAGCUCAUAUCUAUCUCAGAAGUACAUCCGUCCAAACUGCACGACAAGAUGAUGCCGAUGUCUCCGGACGAAUACAAGGAGUUAUCGCAGUACGUCAGUCCCCGAGACAUCGAUGCUGUGGUGAGUUGGCAUUUUAAUGAAGGACAAAAUCAAUACAAAUCUAUAACUGAAAAGGUAAUACAAUCAAUCAAUCAAAACUUUAUUACAGACUCAGGGUCCAGAUGAAAGACAAGACAUUACAUUACAUAAAUGACAUACACAGCAUAAAAAAAAAUUCAUAGUUUAAGAAUAAUUUAAAUCAGUGUCCUACAAAGAGAUAGCAAUGUCUCCACAGCUGCGAUUGGUAGCGUGUAGUACUAAACCUUAUGUUUGAUAAGGCCAAGAGGAUUCAGAUCAGAGUCAUUAAGCCGGCAAAUACAUUCAUACAUGAGAUCUCUAAAGACAGCUUGUAGAGUAUUGACUCCUGCAGCCACAAACAUUUCACUUGCCGUAGACCAUCGAGGUCUCUUCAGCAGUAUUCUCACGGCCUCAUUAUAAGUAGGGGUGCAACAACUAAUCGA